UUCAAACAGACACCUCUUCUUCCCAUCUCUUCGAGAUGUAUAUAUACUUGAGAAUCAAUGAAAACCAGGAUUGAUUGUCCUUUCGCUUUCAAUCUCGUUUUACUCUAACACUCCGUUCACUCCCAUUCCGGCACUCCCACGGCAGCUCGCGUGAGUGAUGGCCGCCGGAGACGAGGCUGGGAGCGACUCCGGCAGCGACGGCGCGGGGCCUGGCCAGGCGCCCUCGAGGAGACGACUCAAGAUCUGAUGUCGUUUGCCAAGAAGCUGCAGACACACCGUCCACAAUCAUGGUCAGCCCUGCCAUCAGAUCUUGCUGGUCUGGUCCUUCGUCGCCUCCCUUCCCAUGCCGACCAUGUGCGCUUCGCUGAUGUAUGUCACCAUUGGCGCUUCUCCAGACAAGAGCAUUGCCUGCCCCCACCUUUACCAUGGCUUGCAUUCCCUGAUGGAACCUUCUUCGGCCUUCCCUGUCGAGAAGGGGCAAAAGAGUCCUUCAAGCUCCACAGCAGUGCCAACUAUUGCAUCUCCUGCGGUGACUGGCUUGCCUUCGCACAAAAUGGCACCUGUUUCCUAAUGGACCCCUUCUCCGAGAUCACCUUGACGCUUCCUAACCUAUCUUCUUUCUGUCUUGUGGAUGAGCCUGUUGGAAUUAUUAAUGGUCGUGAUGUCCUGGAUGAAGACAUGUCUGGUUCUCUGCUACAGAUGGAUACUGCGAUAUCUCUGCGCAAGGUAAUCAGGUGCUCGGAACUCGUUGUUGCUGCCAUCGUUGAAAUUGGGCCUCUUCGCACUGUUGCGUACUGCCAACCGGGUUCAACCUCAUGGUUGGUGAGUGAACUUGGCAGCAUAGGGUCGGUCAUAGAUAUGAUGUUUUAUGAAGGUAUGUUGUAUGUCAUUGACGAGUUCAACGACCUUUUGGCAAUCAAUGUCAGAGAGGACAAUGAUAAUGGCAAGUUAAGGGUAUCUUGGAUCGAGCGUCUACUUGAUGGUGCCCCCUGUGUCUUAAAGUUGAUCCAAGGUGGCAUCUCUUACUUCGAGUCGUAUCUAGUUGAAUCUCAUGGUGCACUACUGCUGGUACAGAGAACAAUAUUUGGUGAAUGUGAUAAUAACACGAUUGGUGGUAUCAAGCCAGUAGGGAUUGAAUUUGAGGUGUGUCAGCCAGACUUCCAGUCUCGAAGUUGGGUGAAGGUGAGCAGUGUUGGGUGAAGGUGAGCAGUGUCCAAGAAGCUCUCGAUGUUGUCUUAGAAUGCAGAGUUACAUGCCUACACUAGAAUUGUACAAGUGAGGCUUUCAUCCACUCUUGAACAUCAAAUGCGCUCAUGAGUCUCAUGACAAUGGCGUUUCCUGACUUCAAACAGUCAAGGGUGUGUACCUGAUGCAUUGCGACCAGCUGGUCAUGCUUUGUAGAAUUAUAGUUCAACAUGAAACAUAGAAUGUGGUCCUCACUGUUAGCUAUUACACAUAACCUGCAGAACAUAAUUGCAACAGCAGAAGUGCAGGACCAUGAGUUUCUUCACUAAUACACAGCACCCAUGAGAAGAUAAUCCAUGAUCAAGAACAUGGCUAUAUAGUUAUAGUUAGUAACUGGUUGUAAAGAUAAUACGAGUACAACCAUUAUAAAAUUCACCUGCAUAACCAUCAUCAGCACUACAUCUUGUGUGCCAUGAACCCUUGGUAUUCCUCUAUCUUCAUUUUUCAAAAUCUGUGUGCCAUUGCAGCAGCAUGUAUGCAUCAUGGAUGAGAAUGUGGAGUCUUGAUUAUUCAUAAUGAGAGCGUGGCCCAAUUUUGAAGAUUUGCAGAUGUCUCUAUUCUUCCUCUUAAAUCUGAUAGUACUUUCUAGUGUAGAUAUAACAAUUAGAUGUUCCCUUGUAAAUGGCUAACAAUUUUAAACUUGGAUGUAAAUAGGGAAGUCAAGUGAGGCACAGCAAGCUACAUCAA